CUGUAUUGCAGUACUAUAUCUGUCCACAUUGGACUUUUCAAGUUAUACGAAUCUUCUCAGCGUCAUUGUUGGUUAACUUGCGAAUCUGAUACUAAACGACGGCAAACGAAAAGGAGUAAAAUGUCAGAUGGUAGCAGAAAUUGCGAUAGCUUGAAUACUGGUGAUAAUGGGAGAAAUUCACAGACGGAACAGGGAAGAGUGACGGACAGCCCUCUCGGUCAGCUGGAUCCGAGCCGUAUAACUCAUAUGGUAGUGGACCAAGUCGGUCUUGGUAGUACGACAUCUCAACAAAAUGAGCGUUUCGUUGUACCUGGUCCUCCACAUCAGGUGUCUCAGCAAUGGAUUCAUUCUUCGCCUGGAGCAAGUCCAUCGCUUAUGCAUGCUUCUAGAGCCAUGGGCGAUUGCGGACAACAGCCGAGGAUGAGUACUCCUACCAAUGCUAUGCAGAUGCAGCAGGCAACUAUCGGUAGUCCGUCCAUGAACAAUGCACCUAUGACUCCUCAGCAAUUGGUACAGCAGCAACAACAAGGAAUGAUGCAAAGUCAACGCACAUCAAUGGGGCAGUAUGAACAGCCGCAAGGUUUUGCUCAAAGACAACAGCAGUUAUCCCAGGGAUAUGGACAUGAUAUUCUGGAUAGUCCAGGUGUCAUGCAAAUGCAGAAUCAGCAAAUGGUUCCUUCAAACAUUGAUGGUACAUCUGCUGUGUACGCUAGACAACAGCAGAUGAUGGAACAACAGCAACAACAACAGCUUAUUACUCAACAACAACAGCAACAACAAAGGAUCAAUCAACAACAGAUGACACAGCAACAGAUUGGAAUGGGUAAUUCACAGCAGUAUUAUACGCAGCAGAAUCCACAAGCGCAGUGGACUCAGCAGCAGCAGAUGCAAUAUAUGCGACAGCAGCAGGCACUUGGCGCUGUCUCUGGUCAACGUGUGAUGAUGCAGCGUGUUCCAUAUCCGCCUAGUACAGGCUAUCCUCCCGGCAUGCAAAGCGUACAACAACAGCAGCAGCAGCAAGUACAGGGUGUUGCGGCGCAAGCGGGUAAUCGCCCGCCGAGUGUCGUCCAACAGCAACCGCAGCGACCCGUUUACCCACCGGGAACCGCUCAGCAGCAGCCACAAUAUGCCUAUCCUGGAGCUCAGGCAAAUGGAUUCCAACAGCAACAAGCUGCUCAGGCGGCCGCAUAUCAGCAGCAGAUGUAUCAAAGACAGCAACAGAUUCCACAGCACAUGCGACCUUAUAUGUCUCCACAAGGAACGAUGACGCCUACUCAGCCAGGAGUGUACACAACUGGCGCGCAACCACACACUCCACAAACGCCUCAGCCACCCUUUACUCCGAACGGCUCGAGAUUUCCGCAGCCUACUCCAUCACCGCAAUACGCUCCUGAUAUGAGGUCUCCAUCACUGAUGUCACCUACGCAAGUACCGAUGACACCGCAAGCAGCCAUGCCUAGACCUAUGAGUAAUGGCGAAAUGGUCGCACAGCCUAUUCGUGUGGUGCCAACUCCCCAGCAACCGGUAAUGCCCAGCCAGUUCUUCACCUAUGAACCGAACGUUCUUAUGAGCGUCCGACCCGAAAUAUGCCUGGCUGGUUGCGUUCUACAUAUGUUCGAUAUGGAGAAGAUGUUCACGGACAAAAUGGACCUGCCGACCAUAGUCCUUGCCAUCAGAAUGCAUGGCGGAGACAUUGAAUUUGGCACGAAAGCUUAUAGUGAAAGAGUCGGCAUCAUAACACAUGUAAUUGUGGAGUCAAUUAGGACGCAGCAUGCUCAUCUGGCAUUGAAAGAUCGCAAGCGCUUAGUCACAAUGCAAUGGUUAGUCGACGUAUUGAUGAAAAAACAAAUGGAUGUUCCGUGGAGACACGCCCAUCUGCCCUCAGUUUUUGUCGAUGGUUGUCGGCCUUUACUUGGAAAGCUAGUCUCGUUCUCUGGCUUUGAUGAAGGUGAAAGAGCGGCGAUGAAGUUUAUGGUGGAAGCCAUGGGAGCAAAGUUUACGCCUUAUCUCAGUCGUCUCAAUAAUUUGCUGAUCGCGAAAAGUGGUGGGGUGGAAAAGGUAACAAAAGCCCAAGAAUGGGAUAUUCCGAUUGUCAACUAUCAAUGGCUAGCUGAUAGCUAUGCUGGGCAAAGAGUGGAGAUCGAUAAUCCAAGAUAUCAGGUGGGUCAGCCGUCUGAAGGUGUCUCGCCUGGUCCCUAUGCGCUUGAGAUGGUCAACGAUCAGUUUAAGCAGCUUCUUUUGGCUUGGAAAAUGCCCAUAAUUGUCUCACCGGAGCAGUGGCGGCGGUCGUUUGAUACGAAACAAGCGGUUGAAAAUGACGAGGGUGUUUUCCCCAACAAAAAACUUCGGGCCCAAUCAGCGCCUCCGAGUGAAGCGGAGAUAGCCGCUAAAGCGGAAGAACGUAAGAAGUCAAGAGAUAAACACCCCGAAUAUGUGGUAGCUUUUUGUGGAAUCGAUGAGGAGAACAAACAUGUGCUUACACAGAAAUUGCGAUAUCUUGGUGGCCGUGUAUGCGACGAUAUUUCCGAAUGCACACAUCUUGUUACAACCAAUGGACGAAGGACUGAAAGACUUCUGGAGGCAAUUUGCCUUGGAAGGAAUAUUGUGAAUCCGUACUGGAUAGUGCAUGGAUACGAGUGUCGCCAGUGGAUGGAUACUUUGGAUUAUUUUUUGCAUGAUGAAGACCAAGAAAGAAAUCUCGGAUAUAACUGCAAACGCAGUGUACUCAGGGCUAGACACAGGAAAUUGUUUGAAGACGUUCAAUUUUAUAUCACCCCCUCUGUUGAGCCUAGCCGAGCAGUUUUGAGCAAAUUGAUACGACUUGCUGGUGGCACCGUACAUGAUGAGCGACCUGCUCCAGCUGAGAUAGCGAGAUGUAUAGAGACUGAUGCUCCUUAUAUAGUGAUCAGCUGCGAAUGCGACUUGCGAAUGGUCCAGUACUUGCUCGAGUGCAAUUUUCCUGUCUACAACACGGAAUUGGUACUGGUUGCACUGAUCCGCCAAGAACUACAGCCACAUCCACUCUAUCGAGUCAACACUGCAUCCCUAAUUCCGCCAAGGACAGUGCCCGAGCAGCAACAGCAGCAGCCACGAGUAAAAGCUUAAAGUUGAGAUUGGAGAUUGUUGUAUGUGAUCUCUUGUGAUGUACUUACUGUCUACGCUCAUGUUUUGUGGUUUGAAACUUUGUACUGAUCUUGAUCUCAUAUGGAAGUCUGUCUUUACG